CGGCUCUUAUUGUGAAGGGCGGCGGAAGUUCCGAGUUCCGAGCCGCAGCAGGGACCAGUCCGGUACCAGUCCGGAACCAGUAUGUCCGGUACCAGCGUGUCCGGGACCAUGUCCGGCCUGCAGCAGCUGCGGGCCCUGGUGGCGCAGCGCCUGGCCGCGGCGGCGGAGGAGAUCCUGCAGCUGGUGGAGCGGGCGGUGCUGGAGCAGCGGGACCAGCUGCUGCUGGACCGGUACCGGGACCGGGGCCGGGACCGGGACCGGCCCGGGGACGGGAAGCCCAGUCCGGCCCGGGAGGCGGCCUGGAGCCGCGGAGCCGCGCACGCAGAUGCUGGGUGUCUCCAUGGUGACGGGCAGGAGGCGGAGUCUCCGGUGGUGAAGCAGGAGGAGGAGUCGGAGGGGGGCGGCGCUCCUCUGGAGGAGCUGAAGAGCGAGCAGCCGGACGCCGACUCCGAGGACGCCGUGGAGCUGGAGGUGGAGCUGGAGGAGGAGCUGGAGGAGGACGACGCCCAGCCCAGCACUUCCUGUGAGGGUGGCGAGGCCCCGCCUUCUGGGGCGGGCGGCGAGGGAGGGGGCGGAGCCAUCUCCUGCAAGGUGUGUGGGAUGACGUUCAGCUACCACGGCUCGCUCCGGAACCACGCCGAAGUCCACGGCGAGGACGAGCGGCGGCGCUGCGGCGUGUGCGGUGCGCCGCAGCCCGACCGCCGCAGCCUGCUGGAGCACCUGCAGACGCACCUCAAGAUCCACGCCUGCGGCUUCUGCAGCAAGACGUUCCGGCGACGCGUGGAGCUGGAGGUGCACACGCGCACGCACACGGGCGAGAAGCCCUUCGGCUGCCGCGUCUGCGGCAAGCGCUUCAGCCGCAAGAGCAACAUGGAGAUCCACAUGCGCACGCACACGGGCGAGAAGCCGCACCGCUGCCACGUGUGCGGCAAGCGCUUCAACAUCACGUCCUCCAUGAUCCGCCACCUGCGCACGCACUCGGGUGAGAAGCCCUACAGCUGCCGCGUCUGCCGCAAGGCCUUCGCCGCCAGCUCCGACAUGAAGAUUCACCUGCGCACGCACACGGGCGAGCGGCCGUACGGCUGCCCCGUCUGCGGCAAGCGCUUCAUGCUCAGCACGCCGCUCAAGUACCACAUGAAGCACCACACGGAGGAGCGGCCGUACUGCUGCAGCCGCUGCAACCGCAGCUUCAGCGACGUGUACACGCUGCGCCGCCACAUGAGGACGCAGGACUGCAAGAGGAAGACCUUCGUCCACCUCGAUGCCACCGGCGCCGCGCCGCCGGACUGACCGGUGGGAGGUUCUGCAGACAUUCACGCUCAGCAGCACGACGACUGAGCAUAGUCAACGUUGAUUAAAAAAAGUUGAAAAAGGUUUUUUCUCUCUUUUUAGGGCCCUCUGGGAACUUCUGGUAAAAUAAUCAUUAAAAAUCACUGGUUUUUCCUAGGACACUGAAAUUGCAGGAUCAGAUGCCUUUCAACAGGCUAAAAAAACAUACACUGUAACACAUGGUGUCUGGAGAAAUCUGUCACUCGUUUUUUUCAAAAUAUGAACUAUCCAAAUAAAUCGUAACUUUGUCAUGCCUUGCCUAAUUAACUUUAAACUUUGCAAAGAUGUUGUUUACUGUGAUGUAAAAACAUCCUAUUGAUUUCAGUGAUGUAGCUCCAAAGGCUGAUUUAUAAGAAUGUUUUUUGGUUGGAUUUAUUGGAUUCUGUAUAACUGUCGAGUUAAAAAAUAUUUUUUUAUCAAAGUAUGGUUUUUGGUAAGAGAGUUUAAAUAAUGCUGAAUUGUGGCGCAUCAUGCCUGUAUCGUGUGGGAAUAUUUUCACAUUUUUAUGAUAUAUUCUUGAGUUUAAACAAAUACAUUUGUCAUAAACUCAAGGUUUAAGCAGGACCGUUGAUACUUCACACUGCUAUUUCACACCCAAGCCGCUAGGUGGCGCAUCACGCUGGUGGUAUAAGAUAGUAACGGUACUUCUACUGUAGAAGAAUAAAUGUUCCUGCCGUGAAGCGAACUGGUGAGAUGUCUCUUCUAUUCUGUAUCACAGGUUGGUAAAUAUACUUUAAAUAUUAGUGUACAUGCUAGAGUUUAACGUCGCCUGCCAGAUCUGUAUGCUAACUUGCUAACUAGCGGGCUUGUUUGGGGAAAGUUGACUCAAAACAACAGAAGAACUUGUGAAUUCACUAAAUACACUUACCGUAUCGGCCCGAAUAUAAAACGACCCCCUCUUUUUCAAGUUUGAAAAAAGACUUUUUGAACACCAAAUUCAAUUUUUAUACAGAAAAUAAUUACAGUACGUCUGUUACACCAUAUUUCACAGCCGCUUUGCAGUUGUUUGAAGACUCUGCCUCAUUUAUCACCAUCUGUUGGGAUCCAGCCGGCUGGGCUUUCCUCCGCGGCUCGGUCGCGCUGGGAGCGCUAGCCCCCCCGGCCACGCGCCGCGCCAACAUCAUAACUUCUCAGCUGCCGGUUAACCUGCCGAUCUUCCA